AUGUGUUUUAGAGCGAUGCCGACGUACAAGUUAUACUACUUUAAUCGGACGGCUGUUGGUGAGGGCAUUCAUCUAUUACUUGGCUACGGCGACCAGGAAUUCGAAGAGUGCAGGUUGAAAAAGGAAGAUUGGCCUGCAUUAAAACCAUUGAUGCCCUUCGGUCAAGUGCCGGUACUUGAGAUCGAUGGUAAACAGUAUGCACAGAGCACCGCCAUCGCUCGCUACCUUGGCCGCAAGUAUGGUCUGGCUGGCAAAGACAUUGAAGAAGACUUCCAGAUUGACCAAAUUAUUGAAUUUUACAAUGAUAUUCGCAACAGGGCAUCAGCGACUUUCCACGAAACGGAUAAAAAUAUAAAGGCUAGAAUACAGGAAGACAAUGAAAAGAAUCAUUAUCCAUUUAUGUUGAAAAGGUUAGACGAGAUAAUUACUAAAAACUAUGGGCACAUGGCUCUUGGAAAGCUCACUUGGGCAGAUUUUGUUUUUGCUGGCAUGUACGACUGUCUUAAGUUGUUACUCCACAUAUCUGACUUAGACAAGAAGUAUCCGAGUUUCAAGAAACUACAAGAGAAGGUGUUGACCAUCCCCGAAGUAAAAGCGUUUCGUGAAAAAAACCCCUAAGUCGGAUUUCUGAAAGAGCGCGCAUUAAAACGAAUCUUUUG